CCAUCGACUCCCUCCCCCCUCCUCGACCUCCCCCUCGACACCCGCACACCCGCACACCCGCACACCCGCACACCCGCCCCGCCAACCGCCUCCUCCUCCUCCGGUGACAAAUGAUCGAGGAUCUCCUCCCACGCGCCAGGGUCGCCAUUUUGGCAGUCAUCUGCCUGAGCGAUGAUGACUGGCGCCUCCAGGGGCACCUUCUUGGCCAAGCCGCCGGAACAGAAAUGCCCGCAAGUGGGCUCGUCCUGACUGGCUCGCAGGUUCGCCCGGAAGAGCACGACGCCCUGUGCUUGGACGACCGGUAUCACCACUGUUGCUAUCCGGACGGGGUGCUUCCGCGCCUCUUCCGACUGAAGGUGUGGCACAAAGACGCCUUCCUGGAGCUGCCACUGGUCGAGAUGCGCGACGAAGAGGGCUCGCUGGCGAUUGAGCUGGCACCACGGCUCCAGACAGACCCGCCGUCGGCCAUCCGGCAACUGUCCUUCCUGACCGAGCGCAUCUCCCUCGAGGGUGAGCCCGAGACGCUGAUUGACUUGGCAACCUAUUUCCCGCGUGUCCUGCAGGCGCACGGCUCGCUGGCCCGGGAGGCGGUUUUCAUUUGCAAGGGACCGGUGGAGGCGGAGCUGCUUGAGGGGAGACCACCGUUGUCGCCGGUCGAAUAGAUCUUGGA